AUGGCUCCCUCAGAAUCUACACAACCUCCUCCUCCUCUCAGCACAACUGAUGCUGAGCCCGCUGUUCCCACCGAAAGCGAACCACUGCUUGGAAGACCAGGCGACGCUAUUCAAAAGCCUGACGCUCCCAUGUUCUUGAACCUCGUUCUUGGAACUGCCUGGCUCUCUCAACUCGGCGCCCUCCUCCUCCUUGUGACCACCUGGUCCGCCGUCUUCCUGCACAAGCUCGGCGCGCUCAUCUCCCCGCACCCCCUCCUCCAAUCCUUGGGAGCCUUCCUGCUCAUCCAAGCGAUCCUGAUCCUCCAACCGACAUCCACUCCGGCCGACAAGCGUACCGGACAACGCAUUCACGCCUCUCUCCACCUCUUGUCGUUUCUGUCCUUCGUCUCCGGCAUAGCCGUCAUCGAAACAAACAAGCACGCCAACCACAACGCGCACCUACACUCCCUACACGGUUACCUGGGUGUCAUCACGGGGACGCUGUUGCUUGCUCAGUACGCGUUUGGAAUCUGCAUGUGGCUUGUCCCUGGCGUCCUGGGUGGGGAGGACAAGGCAAAGGCUUUGUGGAAGUAUCAUCGGUACGGCGGGUACUUGCUGUUGGUGUUGGUGCUGGUUACGAUUGGUGCCGCCGCGGAUACGGAUUAUAGUAAGGGAGUCCUGAAAAUCAAGGGGUGGACUUUCGGGUUGGGGAUUACACUGGUUGUGGUGGGCGUGUUUCCGAGGGUGCAGUUGCGCAAGCUGGGGAUUGAUAGGUCUCGCUAG